CGCGCAUCCUCUCCUGCAACCCAACCAUUGCCCUGCGCAGCUCAUCCCCCUCCCGCCGGACCUGACCGUCCCACCCAAUCUCCCCCAUGGCGAGUAACAUCCCGGCUAGCCUGCGAUCUGCAGACAUUGGGCGAUAUGCCCUGAGGGCAGCUCAGCUGGAACGCGUCAAGCCUGUCAUUUCUUAUUGGUGUAACUUCUGGAUUGUGAACCAAAUUAUCGAGCGUGGCCUACACACUUCCGACGACGAGGUCAAGCUAUACACAACGGACCUGGUGGACAAACUGGAAGAGUUCAAGAGCCAGAAUGCAGACAACGAUGCCGUGAUGGAUGCGGUGGCGGCCAAUGCCUACGUGGAACAGUUUGGGCUGGAGAUCUUGGGCAAGGCGGAGGCGACCAUGAAGGCCGACAAGGUGACGAAGCAGACAGCAGAUACAUUCCAGGCCGCAGCGACGUUUCUCGAACUGUGUCAGAUUUGGAACCCCCUGGAACCUGAGAUUGCGGCGAAGAUCAAAUUCUCCAAGUAUCAUGCGGUGCGAAUUAUCAAGGCCAUCAAGGCCGGAGAAGAUCCCAACGCGUCCAACCCGGUGACUGCGGAGGAUGAGGACGAGGAAGGAGGCAUAGAAACAAGCCAGGACGACCCGGAAGUGCAGGCCAUUGUCGGACCGUCCGCUGCGCAGCCAAAGCAACCGUCGGUCGAAGAGAUCCCCGACGAGGCUUUACAGCCAUCGCAAUCACCCCCUCUGCUGCCGGAGCCUCCAACUGCUCUAUCCGACGCCCCCGCUGCGCGAUACAGCUCAGAACCAACUUCCCCGAACGAGGAGGGCGAUUCACCGCUGAAUCUUCCCUCCGCGCCGAAUACGUUCGCUUCUUCCUCGUCUACCUCCGUGCCCAACUUCCCCGACACGCCGGCCGACAUUGGCGCAAAGCCUGCCGAGGAGCGCUCUGAUUCAUUCCACUCUUUCCCUCCCCCGUCUUCAAUCCCGCCUCCCAGUCCGUCCGUGGCCUCUCAUGACGCAGGCUUCUUCUACAGCAAACCUACCGCCAGCCCCGCGCUCCCUCCCCCUCCCUUCGUACAGUCUCCCUCAACGACAGUCCCUGUGGUCACCCGCCCAACACCGCCAAGUAUCCCGUCGCCCAUACCACCCGCGCCUGCUCCUGUCCCUUCAAGGUCCAGCCAGGCCAAGUCGCAGCCAGUCGACGACCAGACCAUCGCUCUUGCUCAGAAACACGCGCGCUGGGCCGUCUCGGCAUUGACGUUCGAUGACGUCGACACGGCGAUCAAAGAACUCAGGAAUUCCCUCAAGUGUCUUGGUGCUGAGUGAUGGCCGUAUGAAUAUGAAGAUGAAUGAACAGUGUGGGUGUGGGUGUGGCUUCUCGUGUCUGAGGUCGGUUCUUGCUCUUGCGGACGGAGAGAGGACCUUCUUAAUAUUUGUAUGUAAGCGUGCUGGAGCUGUGCCCUCCGGGCCGGGCUGGGCCGGGCUGGGCUUGACUGAUGUCAGGCUCGACCUGUUGCUCAGACUGAUAGUUAGCUAUAAUGACUAUGAAUCAU